AGAGCGUGGAUGACUUUGCUUCUCAGGACCGCCUCUUCCGUGACCAUAGAGUGCUGAGACCGGAAGCAUUCCACAGCUGUUCCGUAGCGAUAUCUUCCUUACAAGCCGAAGAUGGCGGCAGAGUCAAUUCGGCCGUUCCAGAGUUUUUCUGAGAGCGACAAGCAGUGGAAGGCCCGUGGAGAGUUUAUCUUAAAAAACUUGGAGCAGUUUCCGCAAGAGAGUGAACUGGACCAUCUGCUGGCUCUAUCCAUGGUUUGGGCUAACCAUAUAUUCAUGGGCUGCCGGUAAAUGCAUGCUAUGCAUCAAUAAAUGUUACUAGUUAUUUUUGUACAUACCAAUGCCAUAUUUCGCAUAAUAAGCGAUAUCUGAACUAAUUCAUGGAGCUCUAGAUUUUAUGUUAAGUGAUUCGUUGGAAACAUAUUCUUAAACCAAAGGAAAAACGCAUUCACCAUAAAUUAACCAUUACGUUAAAAUUUGUUACAGGUUGAAAUAUAAUGAAACACACGGUAAUUUUAAAUUAAUGCCUCCUUCUUCCCUUCCUCCCUCCUCUUAUAGAUUAGAAAAAAAUCAAGUACAGCCAACACAAAUUACAAGUGAAUUUCAAGUUUUUAGGCCAAAAUAAGUGAAAUGGCAAAAAUCUGCAUCAGUUGUUUAGUCACGUUAUUGUGAUGUAAAACUCAUUAGUUCACACUUUAGUGAAUAAACCUAUUUGCAUUUAAUUUUACAAAUGGUCAGGCACACAUAUCCGUUCCUCCUUUUUUGUGUCUAAGGAAAGCUUGUAAUUGAAUAGCUACAAUUACUAGUACGGCUGUUUAAAGGAACAUUCCAGCAUUAUUCAUACUUAUGUUUAUUUCCUAAUGCUGUACUGUUGAAAAGUUGAUUUACAUUUAAGGAACAUCUACAGUGCCCUAAAAAGAGUUAUGCUCACUAAUUUAGUGAGGUAUUUUUGUUAUAGCUGUGUUCCAACUAACAGGAGAUGGACACUAGUAAUGAUUUCCUGGCUAAUCCAUUGCCUCUCAUAGACUUGUUGGAGUCCUACAGCACAUGCACAGCAAGUUGCAUGAGGAGGAGCAGCAGCUUCCUGGCAAUGAUUUUAUUUUCCCACAAAAAAUAUUGUGUGAAUAGUGUCCUAUUUAUAAAAAAAAAAAGUUCGGGAUAAGUGCACAUUUCAAUAGAAAUUGACACUUUAAAAAAAAAAAAAAAAAGGAUUAUACUGGUUUAACCCCCACUUGCCUUUUAAGCGGACAACCAGUCCUGUUACCUCCUGGUUUGGUAGCUUAUUUGCAAUGAACUGGAGGCAGCAAUUCUUCAGAGCACCUGCCUUGCUAAGACUUCUCAUUGAACGGCAUUGGGAAGUCUGUGAUUGGACAGUUACAUAAAGUCUGGGUGGUGUUAGAAGGGAGGGCUUGCAAAGGCAGCAGACAAGAGAACUGCAGUUUUUGCAAGCUGUGUAUAUCUAUAACACAAGAUCCAGCGCACUCACCUAUCCACUAAACAGCAACUUCGUUGUGGCAGGCUUAUGCAAUUUAUGGUCAUAUAAUGUAACUAAACCCACAUUAUUUUUGCCUAGAUUAGGUGUUUUUAAAAAAAAAACAAACAAAAAAACUGACUUCUGAAGUUGCUGUUCAGUGCAUAGGUGAGUGCACUGGAUCUUGUGUAUUGUAUAAUUUGGCUCCCAGCAGCACCCCAUUUAUGCAUGUUCAGGUGAGUGCAGCCCCUGCCCCACCCUUUUUGUGUGUGUAUAUACACACACUCACUCGUCUUCAAAAUAGAAAUUUUAGUGUUUAAAAUCACAAAUGCUAUGUACAAACAAAUCAUCGUUUCAACCCAAUUCGGGUUUUUUUUUCAAGAUCACACUGCAAGUGACAAAACAAUGGUUUAAUAAGAAAACUUACCCAUCAAGUGUUAUGACAGCCCACGACUGCACCCGUAAGUGAUGAAUAUGACGUGCAUCUUACGUGCGUGGUUGCUAUGAGAUUCAUUGCCGUCCGAGAUUACCAUAGAAACUCUCUUGUAUUCACGUCUUUUUGAUUUCUCUGGACUAUAUUUCUUAUAUGGCAUUCUGUGUAUAGGACAAAUUUACUCUCUGAAUCCUUUCCUCCAUGUUCUACUGGUGAUGGAUUACAUUUGCCUUUGUAUUGCCCAGUUUCUAUGUUAAUCUCGGACAGCAAUGUAUCUCAUAGCAAACACGCACACAUGUAAGAUGCACGUCAUCUUCAUCACUUACUGGUGCAAUCAGUCGGUGGGCUGUCAAAACAUUUAAUGGGUAAGUUUUCUUAUAAAUACAUUGUUUUGUCACUUGCAGUGUGAUCUUGAAAAAGACCCGAAUUGGGUCGAAACGUUGAUUUGUCUGUACAUUUAGGAUUUUAAACACUAAAAUUUCUAUAUGUACGAUCUGUAAGUGCAUCGUUAUUUUCUAUUUUUGUUUUAAACGUGGUGAUUUUCACCCAGGCAAGUAUCAAUAUUUAUGCAUUUGGAAGGUGGAGUACCGAGCUAUCUGUGGAAAUAUAUAUAUUUUUACCCUAGUGAAAAAAUACAUGCAAGUUUUCAUUUGGGGAUAUAGCUACUAAACUGUGACUUUUAUUUAUUUUGCAUCUGGGCAGUGGAGUGUUACUUAAACAUAGUAUGCUUUUAUCAGCUAUAGUGAUGAACUUCUGGAAAAAGUUUUCAGCAUGGCAGAAGGGAUUGAAGUGGAAGAUGCUCCACACUUUACUACACGAGAUGAAAUCAUGAAACAGGUAAGAUCAUGUAACUAAAAUGUGUGGACAUUUUUGCUUUUAAUAUAUAUUUAAAUUGAUUUAGAUUUAUUUCACAGGUGUUUUUGUUAAACUCCUAUUGAAUUAUUUACUUGUUAAUCACUACAAAGCACAAAUCUUUUCAAAUAAAUUUGAGUAUCAUUCCCUCUGUCUUAUGAUGGCCACUGAAGUGUCAAUCAUAUGAUCACAUUAGACACAGAGCAGGGUUUUUUACUACAGUGGAAUUCAAAGUGAAUUUCAAACGUAAAGGGCUACUCCAACCACCAUGGCCACUUCAGUGAAGUAGUCAUGGUGAUAGGAGUACGUGCAGUGUUUCAGCUUUAAACACUGCACAUACUGAAUUAUGGUUAAUUGUGUGGUUGGUGGAUAGUUGCACCCCAGCACACAUUACGUCGGCAGCCUAGAAUUCUGUCAAUUCUGUGCAGCACACUGCACACAGAUGUAAAAAUCUUCCACUUGCAGGCAUAAUACCUGCAAGGGUAAGCUACAUCUCCUCUCCCGCCCUCGAUUGCAGGUUUUUGUUUUUUUUGUGUGUGGUUUUUUUUCAGGUUUUUAUUAUAUUCUAUAAAUACCCUCCCUCGUUUAACCUCUCUACUUCAUUCCUCUGCCUCCAUCACUCUCUGUGCAGGCCCAGACUGCACACAAGAGAUCUGAACCGGCAAUUGGUCCUAUCACAGAAGCCUGUGAUUUGACCGUGCUGGGGAGCAGAAUUCAGUACCAGGAGCUUUGCCUGGCGCCGGAUCAAAGGUGAGUUAAAAAAAACUAAACCUUUUAUCAGCUUGUAUUACAAUUGUAGCGGGGGUGAGAGGGAGGUAGGGGAGACUUCUCCUCCAUAGUGUCCAAUAUGCUUUUUAAACAGAAAAGGUCCCUCUGCUCCUUUAUGCGUGGCUUUUCUGGGCUUAAAGGGACACUGGAGGCAUCCACCCCGCUUCAGCUCAUUUAUGUUGCACCUAGUGGUGCAAUUUAAAACAUUGCAGUUCCAGAGAACUGCAAUUUUUACAUUGCAGCUCAAAGUCUGCGGACAGUGGGUGUCUACCAGACAGCCACUAGAGGGCUUCCUGUAUCAAAACGGACCUUUGGUCCAGUAUCUGACGCUGGAUGUCCUCACGCUUUGCAUGAGGACUUCCAGCGUCAGAUAUUUUAAUUUUUUUUUUUUUUUGGUUUCCCAUGUUUUCCUAUGGGGAGGUUUAAUGCGUGCGGCAUUUGCAGAUCUGUAUUUCUGGAACUAUAGUAUCACUUUAACUGACUUGGAGAUAUUUCCAGUUUGGUUAUUUUGACCUUUACUUUGAAAUUCGAUUUGAAUUCUUACUUUAGUAUAUAACCCUGAGGAGUGUAAUGUGAAACCCCUCUCUGAAAGAGGGAUGCCAUUGUGCUAACACAGUGGUCAUAUGAGUGCCGUAACAGUAUUGCAAAAAUGCCAAUCCCCGUAGGAAAGCAUUGAGAGGCUAUUGCUCAUGUGCGAGGCAAAAUGCUGUGACUGAUUUGUACUCUAUUUCUGUGGAAGCAUUUAUUGUUCCUCUUAAUAUAGAAGAAAGUGAUGUUGUUUUCUUCAGAAAUAUUGGUAUUGGAAUGUGUCUGGUUUCUCCCUCUCCCCUAAGUUGUCAUUCAUACUGUGUGUUUUUUUUUUUUUUUUCCCAGAGGCAAUCUUAAGUGACAAAUUCAACUCCUAGAUUCCGGUGUACAUGUGCCUGGACAUCCCCAAAUUUACACAAGACUGCAAUACUUAUGACGAUGCAGGGAUAUGCAAAACUGUUAAUUUGCAUUUACUUGGAACACUUAAGAUGAGCAACUACAAUUUCGGAUGUCUUUUUUGAGUUCUGGAUUUGAUUGUUUGAUGCAACUUUUUUUUUCUUUGGUAAUGGCGCUGAGUAAUGUCUUUUUAAAUGGCAGCACACAUUUGAACUUUACAUUUAUGUUUUGUAAUGUAAUGUAACGUGAUAAACAAUGGAAAAUUCUGCAUUAGCACUAAAGUGCUUUUUAUUACAUUUAGAUGGAUGUUUGUUUUUUUUUGUUUGUUUUGUUUUUUUUAAAACAAUGUAGAGUGUCUCCCUCGGUGACAUACUCAUACCUAGUCAUGUAAUUCCAUAUCAUGAAAUUGGGGGUUGUACAUACCAAAAAAUACAUCACUAAUGAUUUGUUUUGAUUUCACAUGUAUGCUAGAGAAUGCUUUAUCUUCUGAUGCAUCCUCUCUGACAUUACAUAAUCAGUAAGUAAAGAUAUGUACAAAUCCAUCUUUCCUAUAAUUGUCUUUUAUUGGUCCCAUCUAUAUAAUUCCUUGGUGACUAUGCAAUCAAGGUAUGUUUUAACUGUAUUCUUUCAACAAAUAUAAAAUAUUUACUUUUUAUAAAUACAUUUAAUCUGUAAUGCAUCUGUAUUUUUAAAGUGACUCUAUAACAACUACAGCUUAUUGUAUUUGCUCUUGUGAGUAUAACAAUUCCCUUCAGGCUUUUUGCAGUAAACACUUUUUUCAGGGAAAAUGCAGUAUUUACAU